AUGGAUACGCUACCAGACGCUUUCCCCUCACAAGGCCGAUCUGCCGCUCAGUUCCCGUCGGCAUCGCAAAGCUUCUCCUUUCAUGAACAAUCAGCGGCCCACAGCUCUUCCCACAAUGGUCAAUCUACAGCGAGUGAAAAGACAGAACAAACUCCUCGGAUCAAAGUCCACGGCAUGUUACAUACACUAUUCUGCGGCGCGGACAAGAGGCAACCUGCUGCUAUCAUCAUCCUCCAAAAUUUGAUCUUGAUUCCUACAUUGCAAAUUAUGCUGGUAGGCUCCCUCAUUCUCUGCCAUUCUAUAGUCGCGAUUCCCGAAGUGCUCUGUCUAACGUCCAGCAUUGCAGGGCGUACUCGGUUCGACCGCCUAUAUCUUAUCGGAACGUCAUCGACAGCCCUCUCCACCGAAGCUUUGAAGCUUGCUGUCGCCGAGGCCAAGUCUGGAAAGGAUGUCGCUCGAUAUGAAAAAGCAGUUCGGGCGUUGUCGGAGGUGUCUCCAACCGAGUCGGAAGCCACUCUUGAUGCAGCCUGGGUUCAAAGGGUGCAACGACAGGUUCAAGCGCAAUCUGAACGACUGGAGCAAGAACUGAGGGGAUACAAAAACAACCUGAUCAAGGAGAGUAUUCGGAUGGGGAAUGAGGAUAUUGGAAAUCACUACUACGAGACAGGUGACCUGGUCGCUGCUUCGAAAGCUUACAAUCGAAUGCGCGAAUACUGCACCACACCCAACCACAUCAUCUCGAUGCUCUUCAAACUCAUCAACGUCUCCGUCGAGCGCGGUGACUGGCUCGCCGUGCAGUCAAAUGUACACCGUUUGCGCGCGGCGCAGUCCAAACCCGAGGACCGACUGAAGAGUCAGCCCAAAAUGGCAGCGGCGCUUGGUCUGGCCCUGAUGCACUCGGGGUCGUAUGCGGAGGCUGCCAAAAGCUUUCUGGGAUCCGAUGUGAGCUUGACCGAUACAUUCAAUGAGGUCAUUACGGCCAACGAUGUUGCUGUCUAUGGUGGUCUGUGUGCAAUGGCAUCGAUGGACCGAGAAAGUCUGCGGCGCGAUGUCCUCGAGAACAGUACAUUCCGGAACUUCCUGGAGCUUGAGCCUCAUAUUCGCCGAGCGAUUGUGUUUUUCUGCAACUCCAAGUUCCGACCUUGUCUCGACAUUCUGGAAUCCUACCGAACGGAUUAUCUUCUCGAUCUUCACCUUCAGCGUCACGUUUCCGACCUCUAUAAUUCGAUCCGCACAAAGGCUAUUAAACAAUACUUGGUGCCUUUUAGCCGCGUGACCUUGACGUCCAUGGCUACCAUCUUCGCCCCCGAGGUGAUUGGCGGCGAGGCGCAACCUACAAGCAUCUCAUCUUCCUUUGUUCAAGAAAUCAUUCGCCUGAUUCAAAAGGGCGUUUUGGACGCGCGCAUUGAUCUGGAGAACAACGUUCUCGUUUCUAACAAGGUUGAUCUGAGAGACGACAUGCAAGAGAAAACCCUGGAGAGCCUACGUUCGUUCAACCAGGAGGCACAUAUGCGGAUUCUUCGCGCCGGUGUUCUGCAGGCUGGAUUGGAGGUUAGAGGUCCGGAGAGCGAAAGGCGACCUCGCCAGCCUCAGGGACAGUCCGGUAGAGGGAUGGAGAGACCUGUUCGUGGAGGGACGCGUGUCUAG